UCCAAAAGAAAAAAAAAGUGUAAACAUAUCCACCGAUAACUUGGCAGUUGUUGAACGGAAUCACCGAUCGAAAUACGCAGAACAAUAAUCAACGCUCAAAUUUCUUCUCUACAAAAUCCUAUACAAACGCUUGAGUCUGUCUCCGGUUUCUUCGCUUUUGCUACCCUUUCUCUGUAUUUGUUCUUUGAUAUUUAUAUACAGGCACAAAUUUUGUAGACGUCGAGAUAUUUUGGUGGCGAAUUUGAAUCGUUAUCAAUGUCUUUUUCUCCAUAAAUAUCUAUUCACUUUUACCCACAACCCAAUUUGAAUUUCCCUUCCACUCUAAUUUGUAAUCCAAAGGAAACUGAUUUUACCCAUCUGACUUCUGUUCGUUAUCUCUUCUUCGUUUGUGGGUUCUUCGUUUUUUCAGUGGCUAGAUUUUGAUUAUGUGAAGCACACAUUGUUGGACAUUAAUGAAAGUAGAAACGGAGUUCAUUCUAUGUCGAAGUUUCUUGUUACGAUGGAUAGUUUACCAGAAGUAUUGAUUUGGGAAAUAUUGAACAGAGUUAAGAAAACAGUUGACAGAAAUUCUUUGGCAUUGUCAUGUAAGCGCCUUCAUCGUUUAGAUAAAGAAAACAGACAGUUCCUUCGAGUUGGUUGUGGAUUAGACCCUGCAGAUGAAGCUUUGACAUCUCUGUGUCUUAGGUUUCCCAAUUUAGUACGAAUUGAGAUCACGUAUUCAGGUUGGAUGUCAAAACUAGGGAAGCAAUUGGAUGAUCGUGGACUUUUCAUUCUCUCCAACCAUUGUCCAUCUCUAACCGAUCUCACCUUAAGCUAUUGCACAUUCAUCACUGAUGUUGGACUUCGGAAUUUGAUUUCCUGCUACAAGCUUUCAGCUCUGAAGCUGAAUUUCACCCCUAGGAUCACUGGCUGUGGGAUAUUUUCAAUCGCUGUUGGAUGCAAAAACCUCACAGUUCUCCAUCUUAUUCGAUGUUUGAAUGUCAGCAGUGUCGAGUGGCUUGAAUACCUUGGCAAGCUUGAAACACUUGAAGAUCUCUCAAUCAGGAACUGUAGAGCAAUUGGUGAAGGUGAUCUGAUAAAGCUAGGCCAUAGCUGGCGAAAGUUGAAGCGGCUGCAAUUCGAAGUAGAUGCUAACUACCGAUACAUGAAAGUUUAUGAUCGUUUAGCUGUUGAUCGAUGGCAAAAGCAAUGGAUCUCUUGUGAUGACAUGUUGGAACUUAGCUUGGUGAACUGCAUAAUCAGUCCAGGGAGAGGACUUGCGUGUGUGUUGGGAAAAUGCAAAAACUUGCAAAAAGUUCACUUAGAUAUGUGUGUUGGAGUUAGAGAUUGUGACAUAAUAAGCUUGGCUCGAGAAUCACGAAAUCUCCGUUCCAUUUCCCUCCGAGUUCCAUCAGAUUUUUCGCUCCCAUUGUUAGCCAACAACACGCUGAGAUUAACAGAUGAGAGCUUAAAAGCCUUAGCUGAAAACUGCUCCCAUCUCGAGUCAGUCAGAAUCUCAUUUGCAGAUGGUGAAUUCCCCUCGCUAUCUUCAUUUUCCCUCAAUGGGAUCCUUGUUUUAGUUCGCAUGUGCCCCGUUCGAGAGCUCGCCCUUGAUCAUGUCUACUCCUUCAACGACAUGGGGUUGGAAGCUCUCUGCUCGGCCUCCUAUCUCGAAUCUCUAGAGCUCGUAAGAUGCCAAGAGAUAAGCGACGAUGGCCUACAGCUAGUAAGCCAGUUCCCUCAACUGCAAAACCUACGGCUGAGCAAAUGCUUGGGGAUCACUGAUGACGGUCUGAAGCUGCUGGUCGACACAUACAAACUCGAAUCAUUGGUUGUGGAGGACUGCCCUCAAAUCUCCGAGAGAGGCGUCCAUGGCGCUGCGAGAGCCAUAUCGUUCAGGCAAGACUUGUCAUGGAUGUAUUGAAACUUGCUGAGUUUUCAUCUCACAUCAACAGUUGAUCAGUGAUCUUCGAUAAUGAUUGUAAUGUGUUAACUAAGUCCAAAAUGUGAAAAGUAAUAAUAAUGGACUCAAUUCAUUUGUCAAGUAAUUUGCUUUUGCUUCUUGUUUGUCUAUCUGUAUAUGAAACUAGAAAGAGAUGGAUUGGUGUUAGCUUUUACAAAGUCUUUGGUAAUGCCAUAAAAGAGGAGAGAAAACAAAACAUAAUAUGUAUACAAAUUUAAUCUCGUUUUCCCUUGGAUUAAGUGAUUUAAAUUUUUUAUUU